AUGUCAACUCAAUUACCAAAAGUAGAAAUUUUACAAGAAGGAGAUGGUAAAACAUUUGCAAAACCAGGUGAUACAAUUUCAAUUCAUUAUGAUGGUAAAUUAACAAAUGGUAAAGAAUUUGAUUCAUCAAAAAAAAGAGGUAAACCUUUUACAUGUACUAUUGGAGUUGGACAAGUUAUUAAAGGUUGGGAUAUUUCAUUAACUAAUGGAUCUCCGGAUUUACCUAAAAUUUCAAAGGGAACAAAAGCAUUAUUAACUAUCCCACCUGAAUUAGGUUAUGGUAAUCGAGGAUUUCCUGGAUUAAUUCCUGCUAAUUCUACUUUAGUUUUUGAAGUUGAAUUAUUAAAUGUUAAUGGUAAUUAG